ACUGGAAAUGAUAGUAGAAAAAGGCUGUGACGUGUGAAACACCAAACACGAACAAAACUCUUCACCCUGAACCUUAGCUGCCUGCCGCCAUAGACCUCUCAGCUUCCGUCCUAGAAGCCCUGGACAUUAACUCGCCAAAAAAAAAACCAAACACAACAUCUUCCUCAAAACCCUUACGAAAAAGAGGCACACAGAGAAAUCUUCAUAAAAAAGGUUGCUUUCUUUGCUGUCUAAGAGAAGCUAAAAUGGAAAGCAGCAGUAGUAUUAGUAGAGGAGUACCAGAAUCAACCAUCGAAGCAGUAGAAAGAACCUUGGCAAAUCUAAAACUAGUGGAGACCCAUUUGCUUGAAUUCUUGUCUCUUGCUAACCCUGAUGUCCUUGAUGAAAUGCCACCUCUUCAAAGGGCUCAAUCUCUCUUUAUGCUUGCUAAGGCUACUUCUACUAUCUUUGCAUUGAGAUUGAGAACUACUGGAAUUCACCCUGAUGAGCAUCCUAUUAAGACAGAGCUUGAGAGAUUGAGCUUGUAUCAAGACAAACUAGAGCAGUUCAUCAAUAUAAGUAAAGAACCAUCGCAGCGUUCUACUACUUUAAAUUACCAGGCUGCAACCCGUUUCAUCGAGCAUUCAUUGCCUGACCUUACCCCUGAACAACGGAAAAGCAUGAGGGAUAUCAGUAGAGGAGAAGGGUCGAAGAUUAAGUAUGUGGAGAGGAGCACCCACAAGAAGAGAAAAUAUGAUACAUCCGAAAAACAAUCAGUUAAAGCCGCUGCCCAAGAAUUUCUUGAAAAAGCUGCCCGUGAGCUUUUUGGUGGCAACACAGAUGGUUUCAAGGGUCCUCUUAUAAAAGUUGACUCGGCAUCUGAUGACAAUCCUGUGGACUGAUUUUUUACUAUAUCUUGGUAUAUGGAUUUCACGGACAAGAUCUGCCAGUGUUUGUCAUCAGCCUCGAGCAAGGUGUCAACUUCGGCCUAUUUUGCGAAUGAAUCUGUUAUUGUCAAAAGCGUUUCGUGAUGGCAGGUGGUGCCGCUAGAAAAGCCUCAGAGCACGCCCGCUUGUCUCAUGUGUUGUUAUUUUUGGACUGGGAAGUACAGUCGGUAUAUCUCUUAAAUUUAGGGAGAGAGUUGUGGUUGUAAAAGACUCAUCAUGUGAUCUGAUUCAGUGAUUCUUGUGUUGAACUCCAUGAGGCUUUUUUUUUUUUUUUUUUGUGAGAGGCAUGUGAUUCUUCAUAGGACCGUCAUUUUUUAGCCUGCUUAUUUUGUCAACGGCCUUGGUGAUGUUCUGAAAAAAUAUGACCUUUGUUGACAGGAUUUCACGGACACUUCAUGAAAACCCAGUUCUCAAACUAUUUUCCCCCCUACACUUCACAGGAUUUUCACGGACAAGAUCUGCCAGUGUUUGUCAUCAGCCUCGAGCAAGGUGUCAACUUCGGCCUAUUUUGGGAAUGAAUCUGGCGCCGCUAGAAAAGCCUCAGAGCACGCCCGCUUGUCUCAUGUGUUGUUAUUUUUGGACUGGGAAGUACAGUCGGUAUCUCUUAAAUUCAGGGAGAGAGUUGUGGUUGUAAAAGACUCCUCAUGUGAUCUGAUUCAGUGAUUCUUGUGUUGAACUCCAUGAGGCUUUUUUUUUUUUUGUGAGAGGCAUGUGAUUCUCCAUAGGACCGUCAUUUUUCAGCCUGCUUAUUUUGUCAACGGCCUUGGUGAUGUUCUGAAAAAAUAUGACCUUUGUUGACAGAAAGUUCAUCCUUGCGCCUUAAUGAGGGCAGGGUGAAGCUCGUGA